AUGUUGGAAGAGGAAGAAUUUUUCAUAAAGAGAAAGGAGGACAUCGAAAAGGAAACAGAAAAACUCACAAAGGAUAUCUCGAACAUACGUCAUCUCUUGCAUAAUCCUUUCGAAGAGUACUACGCCAACCGUAAUCUAGUGGGGGAAGAAGAACGCGAAAAUCAUCGUCACGCCGAAGUUAGCCAUCUCCAGAUGCUCCAACAUCGUGCGCAGGAAAUGAUCGGCUCGAAAGAGAAGCGUAAGCGAUCCAUAUUCGGGAAACGACAGCAGCAGAAAAAGAGUACGCAUCAAGGGCUCAUCAUGGCAGCUAUGGGUUCUCUUGGUGUACAUGCAGUUGAAGCUGGAGUUCGAGAGCCUAGUUCACCGUUCGAGGAGGGGAUUACUAAGCAGCAUCGAGAUGACCAUGCCUUAUUCACGAUAAGAGAACAAGCCGAAAACGGAAAGUAG